GGCAACUCUACCACCCUUCUUUCCCCAGAUUCCGGAAUUCGGAUUUAAUCGAACAUCUUCUGAACCCUCAAACGAGUAGAACGCGAGGUGACCUCGUCUCUCAUUACUGAACCAACCAAACAAAUCUUACAACUAGCAAUCCACAAUGGCUGUUUUUUCUUACACCGCUCUCAACUCCGCUUGCGGCUCCAGCAGCUGUUCUUGCUCCAACGGCAACUCUUCCGACUGUUCUCACGGUUCUUCCUGCGGGUCUUGCGCCUCUAACGGCAGGACCCUCGUGAACGAGUGUAACUCAAGCGGUGCAAAUGGCAAUUGCAGCACUUGCGGCUCUCCUACCUGCAAUUGCACUUCUUGCGCUUGCUAAGUCACCGACCUGCCGCCCCCUUGGCAAUCCUCUUUGCGACGGAUAGAGGUGUUUUUCGUUGCCUGACUGUUUUGAGUUUGAGAUGGAAAUUUGUACAUUUCGGAGAGAGAUGGCUUUGGUAAACGGUUGAUGCAUAUACGUGGCGAUGGUACCGGCCUGUCGUCCG